GCUCCUCGCGUGGCAGAGACUCGGACGACUCCCACGCUCGGCGGUCCCUGCUCCAGCAAGGUUUCCCUUGCGCUGCCUCAGCUUCCCAUGGUGCAAGGUUUUCCGGCAUCUCCUCCGUCCUCUGUGAGUUCUCAAAGAUGCUUUUCCCAAGAGGAUCCAUCUUCUCCCUAGAGAAAGCCCCCAAACCCACCAUGAGCCACUUUGAGAGCUAAAGGAGGCAGGAGCAGCGUGAAGGCAGUCACGCACACAUGUGUCUUUGCCCUGCUGGGUGCCAACGUGGCCAAUUUAAACCAGUUUCCCAGCCACGGGAAGGAUUCCACCAUGGCGCCCGGUACGGACCGGAAAGCGUCCUACGAAGAUGCCUCUGGGGAAAACGGGGAGGUUGUCAGCACAAUUUCCAACAGCAUGAACCCGCUGCAGUCUCCGGAUGCCUCCUCAGAGGAUCCCUUUACCACCUACUUUGACAGCAAGAUCCCGAUUCCUGAAGGUGAAACACACUCGUGCUUUAGCUUCCGCAAGCUCUGGGCCUUCACGGGGCCGGGCUUUCUCAUGAGCAUUGCCUACCUGGAUCCGGGCAACAUCGAGUCGGAUCUACAGUCCGGGGCUGUCGCCGGAUUUAAGCUGCUGUGGGUGCUGAUGCUGGCGACGAUCAUCGGGCUGCUCCUGCAGCGGCUGGCCGCGAGGCUGGGGGUGGUGACGGGGCUGCACCUCGCUGAAGUCUGCAACCGGCAGUACCAGAAGGUUCCUCGGAUUAUCCUAUGGCUGAUGGUCGAACUCGCUAUCAUCGGAUCCGAUAUGCAAGAAGUCAUUGGCUCAGCAAUUGCUAUCAACCUCUUGUCUAUGGGGAAGAUCCCACUGUGGGGCGGCGUGCUCAUCACCAUUGCUGACACAUUUGUGUUUCUCUUCCUGGACAAAUACGGCUUGCGAAAACUGGAGGCGUUCUUUGGCUUUCUGAUUACCGUCAUGGCUCUUACUUUUGGAUACGAGUAUGUUACAGUAAAACCCGAUCAGAAGAACCUGCUGAAAGGGCUGUUCAUCCCUUAUUGCCAGAACUGUGGCACGCCUCAGCUGGAACAAGCUGUGGGAAUCGUGGGUGCUGUUAUCAUGCCACACAACAUGUACCUGCACUCCGCUUUGGUCAAGUCCCGGCAGGUGAAUCGUGCAAACAAGAGGGAAGUACAAGAAGCCAAUAAAUAUUUCUUCAUCGAGUCCUGCAUAGCUCUCUUUGUCUCCUUCAUCAUUAACAUCUUUGUUGUGUCUGUCUUUGCUGAGGCUUUCUUUGAAAAGACGAAUGAAAAUGUGAGCGCAGUCUGUAUGAACGCCAGCAGCCCACACUCCUCGCUCUUCCCAAACAACAAUGAGACGCUGGAAGUGGAUAUCUACAAAGGGGGUGUUGUUCUGGGAUGUUACUUCGGCCCUGCUGCUCUCUAUAUCUGGGCAAUUGGGAUCCUUGCUGCAGGCCAGAGCUCAACGAUGACAGGGACAUACUCUGGACAGUUUGUCAUGGAGGGCUUCCUGAACCUGAGGUGGUCCCGUUUUGCCCGCGUGCUGCUGACUCGCUCUAUCGCCAUCACCCCCACCCUGCUUGUUGCCAUCUUCCAGGAUGUUGAGCACCUGACUGGCAUGAAUGACUUCUUAAAUGUCCUUAUGAGCCUCCAGCUUCCUUUUGCUUUGAUCCCUGUCCUGACAUUCACCAGCCUGCCCAGUGUCAUGAAUGAUUUUGCCAAUGGAUUGUUCUGGAAGAUCGGUGGCGGCGUGGUGAUCCUUGUGGUCUGCUCCAUCAACAUGUACUUUGUGGUGGCCUAUGUCAUGGCCCUGAACCACAUAGCUUUGUACAUCGGGGCUGCGAUUCUCAGUGUGGUCUACCUGUGCUUUGUAGCAUAUUUGACCUGGCUGUGUCUGAUCGCUCUCGGAGCCUCCUUCCUGGCCUGUGGGAAAACGUAUCACCUGGGAUUCGCUGCUCACCCUGAACUCUUCCUCCUGAACAAUGUUGAUACAGACUCUGUUGUGACUAGAUGAUGCUGGGAACUGCGGUAGUAAGAACAGAUUUGUUUUUAAUGGAAACCCUUUUGUGCUGCAGAAAACUCUUUCCAUCACUUGUGGCUAGCACAGAACCAGGUACGGUUGCAGAUUGUAAGCAGAAGCCAGGAUUCCUUCCAGGGAGGAUUGCAAGAGAAAACUGUCGUGUGAACAGGAGCGUUAAAUCGGACCUGCAGAGCCUGCACGUUUCAUCAGUCACGGAGACGCCAACACGAGUGAAGAUCUGGGUCCAAACCACCUCAUAACACUGCUGACGCUGGGGUCAGUGUCUUGCUUUUUAGGUACUUUAAAAGUUUUUACACUUUUUAAAAAUAAUUGCAUCUGAUCUGGGAAGGGAUUUGUUGAUGUUUUACUGAUUUAGAUUCAAACUUCUCCUGCCUGAUGAUAGAUCUGGUACUGAUGUGACACUAAUUAUUUUUCCUAGUUUGGGUAAAUUCCAAGCUUGGCCAGCUGAGCAGGAGCAGAGUUUUCUCAUUCGAUCCCUAGUGAUUUUGCUGACGAGGUGCACUCAGGUUAGCUGGGAGGAGAAAGGGAGGCAGCGAUGAGAAGCAGCCACGAUGCUUGCCCUUACUGGCCAGGCUGCACACGUGUACGGCAGGGCAAGCAGCAGUCCUUCUCCCUAGAAGCUGCCUGUUAUAUUUACCAGGUGCUUAUGGUUAUUUUUGCUAUAAUACCUGUUCACAUCUGACCUCCACUGUGGCUAUUUGAAGGCCUUCAGCUCCCAGAAGACGGGUACCUCCCCUUUCCGCUGGCAUCUUGCCCAGUCCAGAGCUGCUCCGGUCCCUACGGUUUUCCUGUACGUUUGUCCCUGCGACAAUACUGUUGAUCAGUAGCUGCAGCAAAGCCACCCGUGUGCAUUUCUCCUUUACUUGCUGUUACGUGCCCCGUUUUCAUGAGACUGACACUGCAGCGAGACAUUCAGAUCCCUGUCCCUGCUCCAGGGCUGAGCCAAAAUCCAGGCUCCUCCGCAGGGCAGCAGGGAGGUGGGUGUCAGGACUAGCGUUGGGCGCGAGUUUUGCGGGAGAGCUUAGAGGACUUGGUGCCAGUAUCUACCUCUGCACGUGCAGCAGUGAAGCUGCUGUUUCAGAGUUAAGUUAAAAGCUCCAUUCGAGGGCCGGGCUCUGUAAGGAGAGCAUCAGCGAACGCUUUUCACCGACGUAGAGCAGGGUACAGAGCAAAUAAACUCGCGGCCUUGCUGUCCGCCGCGGCACUGUGCCCUGGCUUCGCGCCGGCCAGCCCGGUGUUACCUUUCCCUGGUGAAAGCAGGGCAGAGCUUGCAUGCCUGCAAUGGAGCAGCCUCUCUCCGUUUUUGUGGCAUUUCAACAAGUUUCAGGUGUUGCUGGGGACUGUUUCUGGGCUACGGGAGGUUCCCAGACAGGGAGUUUAAGGCAGCAGGCUCCAAGGGCAACACACUUGUUUUUCCUCUUUUCUUUCUUCUGGUUGAUUGUUUUGCAGUGACACUGUUGAGUUCCCAGACUGAGGGUGCUUUGGACACAUUUUUAUGUCAUAUCUUGGGUUUCUUUUAAUUAAAUCUUUGUUCUGUUUUAAUUAAAUCUUUUACCAAUUAAGCCUUUUUGUUUCUACAUAGUUGGCACUAACUUAUUCAAUGUACUGACUACACUGUGGCUUGUGAAGAAUGUGACAGAGGGCCAGACUUUUCCAAUAAAUAUGUCAGAUUCAGUUUAA